AUGGAGAUUCCCUGCAGCAGUAACACCAGUUUCUUUGAUUUUGCUUUAGAUGACUAUCUGCGGUCGCAUCACAUGUCCUCCAGCACUAGCACUAGUUGCUUUGAUCUUGCUUUAGAUUUUCUAUGCAAGCUUGAGAAGUCCGUCGAUUUCCGGCUCUUCGAUAUCACGGAUCUGAAGGAAAACAUAAGAUUCUUGAAAACCUUUUUUCUGUAUGUCAAGAAGUAUAGGAGGAGGAACCGUGAAGCGCUUUUGGAUAAUGAUCAGGACGACAUGGGUAAAACGAUUUUGGAGCAUGAUCAGGAGGACAAGGGUAAAGCGCUUUUAGAACAUGAUCCGGAAGACACGGGUAAUAUUUUGUCUGAAAGUUUGUCACAUAGUACUAUUUGCUUCGGAAUUCAAGGUAUGGUUAUUAAGAUGGUUCAUGAUCUUCAGUCUGCUUAUCUUUUAUACGAAGGUUCUGAUGAGUCAGAUAGAAAGCAAAUAGUAUUAAGUGCGACAUCCAGAUCCUUGGAAAAUAUUUGGUCAUUUCUUAAGACAGAUAUCAUGGAAUCAUGCACCAUCUUCUUCGACUAUUACACACCGGAAGAUCCACAACUAGUUGUGGAUCUUAUUGCAUCCCUUUUGGAGGUUCUAGGUCAUCCUUUAAUUGACUUAGAGGAUACUGUGAGACACGAGCUAAAGCUUUUAAGGAGUCUCAUUUGCUUUGCAAUAGUGCGAGGUGUUGAGUGUACGCAAUUGACAGAUCUCUUGACUCACGCUGCAGUUGUGGUUGAACAGGCAAUUUUUGAGUGUUGCUUUGACAGUGAUGAAGAACAAGCGCCUAGUCAAACGGACUCUGAAAUUUAUGAGUUCAUGGAUGAGAAUAUAGAUCCUCUUGGUCCCCAAGUCCGAGAAACUUGCAUGCAUGUCCUGACGGCUUCAAAGAAACAAUUAAGAUCAUCAUAUGCUUUAGCCCUUGAGCAAAAUGAGCAUCGAGUGCUAGUCGAAUUUAUUGAUUCUCUCCUAGAUUAUCUUACGGAUCUACUAGGAUCUUGUGCCAGUUUUCAGGUUCUAGUAAAGGAUCAAAUGCUAAAACUCCAUCAAGGAGUAAAAUACUUGAGUAUCCUUCUUGAAGAGGAGGAGAAACUAGGUGAUGAAAUAAAGGAUCUUAUUGAAGUUGUGGUCCAUGAUGCAGGAACUCUGAUCUUCUCCCUUUCUGUCAAUGAAAUCAAAGAAGGCUUUUCCAAGGAAACAGAUCUUGUGUUGUUUCAUUUGUACGAAGUCCUCAAGUAUAUGAUGGCAGAGCUUGCACACAAUUAUCCACAAACAUCACUACAUUCACCUACAGUUAACAGGACCUUCAUUCACAUACCAUCACAACUUACUACUGCCAUACAAAAUGAAGAUUUGGUGGGUCUCAAUGAUGCAGUGGAAACUAUCACUCAUCGCCUUACGAGAGGAUCAAAGCAGUUGGAUGUCAUUCCUAUUGUAGGUAUGCCUGGGCUGGGUAAGACAACAUUAGCCAAUAAAGUUUAUACUACUCCUUCAGUUAGGUUACAUUUCCAUGUUCGUGGCUGGUGUUGUGUUUCUCAAACGUGCAACAAACACAGUUUAUUAGUUCAACUUUUGAGUAGUAUUUAUUCUAAGAGUCCAGAUGAAUAUCUUAAAAAUGAUGAAAAUGAUUUGGCUGAGAAGCUAAGACAGGUUUUGCUGAGAAGUAGGUAUCUCCUUGUUUUGGAUGACUUGUGGGACAUUAAGGCAUGGAAUUUGUUGGGAAAAUCAUUGCCGAAUGAUGCCAAUGGAAGCAGGAUUCUCUUCACCAGCAGAUUUCAGAAUUUGUCUUCACAAUUCAAACCUAACACUGAGCCUUACUAUCUCCGCCAACUUACUGAUGAAGAGAGUUGGACUUUGCUGCAAAAAAAGCUAUGUGACAAAGAAGGUUGUCCUCCAACAACAAGCGAAGUUGGAUCUCAAAUAGCAAAAUCUUGUAGGGGCUUACCCCUCACAAUUGUCCUUGUUGCUGGAAUUCUUGCUUCCACUGCACAAGAUAGCUGGGAAGAAGUUGCAAAAAGUCUUAGUUCUAUUGUCCUUGACAAUGAAUAUUGCAUGAAGACACUUGAGCUGAGUUAUAGUCACUUACCAGAUUAUUUGAAGCCAUGUCUUCUAUACUUUGGUGCAUUUCGAGAAGAUGAGGUCAUUAAUGUCCGAAAGUUGUUAUGGCUUUGGAUCUCUGAAGGAUUUGUGCAACAGACUGAAGGAAAGUGCUUAGAGGAAGUAGCUUAUGACUACUUGGUGGCUCUAAUUGAUGCAAGUUUAGUAGUGGUUACCGACCAAAGAACUACAAGGAGUGCCAAAGCCUGCCAACUUCAUGAUUUGGCCCUUUUUGUCUUGCUGAACCAAGCAACCACCACCGAGUUUGCGUACACAGUAGCUGGAAAUUGA